UCAUCGCUUUGUUGUGUAAAUAAAAUUUAAAUUCCUAUUCAUUUGAUAUUGUUACAAGAGCGAAAGUGGUUGUACGAGUUCGCGAAUAUAAUUAUCGGUCACUGACCUUUAAAUUCGUUGCUAUGUACUCGUGAACAGUGUUAAAAUAUUGUAAACAGUAAUCUUUUGUGUAAUAUAUAUAAAUAAUUCAUUUAAAAUAAAUGUAACAAGUCUUUGUCUGUAUUAAAAGAAAAUGAAGUUUAAAGUCGACAAAGGUCUUUUGCCUAUCAAGGUUCACUUUUUUUUCUUCUUUGCUGCUCUUGGUCCACUCUUACCCCAAAUCAAUGUAUUCGGCCGUCAGCUGGGGGUAUCACCGGGGGUCAUGGGACUGGUGACAGCGGUGUUACCCCUGCUGUGGGCAGUAGCGAAGCCGUUGUUUGGCUACGUAGUGGACUACUGGCCGGCUCACAGAAAAUUAGUAUUCAUGCUCCUAAUUGUAAUAAUGACAGGAUCGUACUGUUUUUUAUGGUUCUUGCCCAUGCCGGAGCAACCAGAGACAACUGACCCACCUAUAACCGAAUACAUAUACAACCUGAACGAAACGAUCUAUUUAAAACAAUACAACAACGAUCCGUUCCUAGACAAAUACACUUGCCAAUGGAACUGUUAUAAAGGAGACGAUUUUCAUGUAUUUCUCUCCAACUCAACAUUCGUAAACACCGUUUACAUUGACGCGCAAGUGACGAACGACUCGUGCUCGCUCUUGCAUAUGGGGUUUGAUGAUGCGAGAGCGGGACAAGUAAUAUGUACACCGAUCAAGAAUUGCAAUAUGUUGUGUUUCGACGAGCAUUUUGCAGAAAUGAACAGGAGUAAACGAGAAGUUUCUAAUUCGUUAAAUAAUGUGAUAGAAGAUGCAGCGAAACAACUAUUUUCAGACAUGGGUUUAAUGAAUACGUCAAAUUUAAUGAAUGAGACGCAUUUAAUGAACCCGACGCUUUUAAUGAAUGACUCACAAAUAAUGAACGAAACGCAUUUAAUGAAUGAAUCAGAUUUAAUUAACGAGACGCAUUUAACGAAUGAGACACAUUUAACGAAUGAGACACAUUUAAUGAAUGAGUCACAUUUAAUGAACGAGUCGGAUUUAGUGAACGUGUCGAAACAAGCGUCGAAUGUUGAUGAUGAGGGUGAUGGCAGUUUUUAUAUGACCGUCACAUUCUGGGCGUUCGUUAUUCUUACGUGUAUUGGAACUGUGGCUUUCAAUGUAGCCAACUGUAUAGGAGACGCAAUAUGUUUUGAUGUUUUGGGAGCGGAACGUAGUUCCAAAUACGGUGCCCAACGAGCCUGGGGCACAAUUGGCUACGGUGUAACGGCCCUGCUGGGCGGUUGGCUCGUAGAUGUAGUUUCCGGAAAUGGGGUGAAGGACUUCACACCCGCUUUUAUAAUAGCCAUAUUGGCUACUAUUGUUGAUUUGAUCAGCUGCAAGAAAUUGAGCUUGCCACCAUUGUCCAGUCCAGAGGAUUCUGGGAAGGCACUACUUGCACUACUAAAGUACCCUAGAAUGGUACUUUUCAUAGUAUUUGCAGUUGUUGCUGGAACUUUCGAUAGCUUCAUUAUCUAUUAUAUGUUUUGGUUUCUGGAGGAAGUAGCAGAGGAGACCGGUUACAUGGCGAAAAUAAAACUCAUAGAGGGCGUCGUGAUCGCGGCACAGAGCUUUAUUGGUGAACUAGUGUUCUUCUAUUACUCGGGUAGAAUAAUAAAACGUCUGGGUUUCGGUACCACCAUGACAGUUUGCCUCUUCUGCUACGGCUUGAGAAUGUUUGCCAUAUCAUUCAUACGUAAUCCGUGGGACCUGGUUGUUAUUGAGUCCAUAAUGCAGGGCCCCACGUUCGCGCUGUGCUACUCGACCAUAGUGCAGUACGCCGCACACGUGGCCCCGCCCGGGUACUCCGCCACCGUGCAGGGCGUCGUCGCCGGCAUGGACGACGGGCUCGGUUUCGCGGUGGGAUCGCUGUUGGGCGGGCUGCUGUACGCGUACAUGGGCGGGCGGAGAUCAUUCCAAGUGUUUGCAGCGAGCGCCAUAGUCUCCGCUGCGAUACACGCCGGCGUGUUCUACCUACUUAACCGAUACUCAGACAAGGAAACGGAUACCAAAGUCGGUGGAGUCGAAGGAUCGCUGCCGGAAGGAGAGAAGUUUCUAAAGAGAGAGAAUCAAUUCGCUAACGCCAUCUAUUGCAGCACGACAGUACCACUGAACGAGAAAUAGCAUUCCGAAGGUAGCCAUCCGUGUUUUAUAUGUAUAACUAUGCUAUUAACAAUUAUCAAUAGUAAGGGACUAAAAUUUGUGGGUUUGUGAUAUAUUGGGUCAUAAUUUAAGUAAUUGUUUAAUCCCCCUCCUCCCCGUACUCUGUCACAUGUUGGUCACAUGUAGUUUAUAAUGGCGAGAGAGUUAGUCAAAGUGUGACAUUAACAUGUGACGUAUAUUAUGUAACUAUAUAAUAAUUUACGUCAUAAGAAACGUACGUGCGUAAUAAGAAAGGUCCUAUAAACCAUUUGAGAGUUACCGACGCGAGCUAUGUUGUAUAGUUCGCAAUUACGUACUCAGUACAUGACUAUAAAAUUGCAGAUUGUAAUCUGUUUUCAAUGAACUAACGUCGUUAUAUAUUUAAGACAUAAGACCUUAAUCCUCAUCGUUAUAUCAGAUUUUUUUACCCGAAAUUUGUGACACCUCUAACUCUACGUUAUACAAUGUCACACUUUGACUAACACCCUCGCUGGGUGUUAGUCAAAGUGUGACAUAAAUUAUAAAGACCUCUUUCCUAUGAGCCAUUUCAGAGUUGUAAACGCGAGCUAACAUGUAAUGUUCGCAAUUGCAACUUUUAAUUCCUCCAUAAAUAAUAAAAAAAAUGUAGAUAUUAAUCUGUUUUAACUGAAAAUUGUUAAUAACAUUGUUAUACAAUCAGAGCCUUGAUAGCAAUAACACAAAUGCCUAAUGUAUUAACAUAACGUGAAGCGAGGAGCUACUAAGGAUUGCAAUCUUAUUUUAUUAUUCACAUUGAACGCGUAUAAACUUUGCGUUGUCUUCCAUCUCGCUCUAACAAAUAAGAUGCAAUCCUAAUAGUAUUAACUUUGUACGAAAUUUACGUUGUCUUCCGUCUCGCUUCCACGUUAUUUUAGGUAGCAUAACGCUAUUCGUAAAUAUAGUUAUAUAUUGUAAUUGUUAUGUUAAUUUGAUAUAUUUUAAAAGACGAAGACUCGAAUUGACCUUUGCGUUGUCUUCCGUCUCACUUACACAGUUAUUAGUGUAACCUAAUAGUCUACUGCAUAAUGUUGUUUUAUUUUAUUAUAAUAUAUUUUAAUAUGGAUCGAGACACUAGAAGCUAACUAAAGAUAACCCUAAUAUUGUUAUUAAUAAUGAAAUUGAUUGAACUUUGCGUUGUCUUCCGUCUCGCUUACACGGUAAUUAGUGAAGCGUAAUACGCUACAAAAUAAUGUUGUUAUUACAUUGUAAUUAUAUUAUUAAUCUACGUAUCAAGUUAUAGGUAUUAAUCUGUGAUAUGAUAUAUAGAAAUAUAAUAACUAUGUUAUCUUUUGUCUCGCUUACACGGGAAUUACUGUAGCAUGCGCAAAUCGUAUAGUUUUUAUGUUAAAAUUGUAAAUUCAUGUACCAAUCCAUUUUUAUCUAUAAAUCUGUGAUAAUCGUAGAAUAUUCAAUAGUUGCGUUGUCUUCUAUCUCUUUUACACCUGCCGGUAAUGUUUUACGGAGCUUGUUGAUGAAUUACACAGAUCGUUUGUAGACAAAACGAGCGCUUAAUAGUAUCGGUCGGACGAUUCGUGCUGACGACUACCGUUCGAUUAUCACGUUUUAAAAGAGGACGGGGCGUAGCAAUCAAUACGAAUCAAACAGGGUCAGCGGCACGAACCGUCCGAUUUGUUUUAAUAAUGUCUGAGUGUCCUCAGAGAUAUAUAUGUUAUUCUUUUGAACUUUUACAAUGUUGUAAAUAACUUUAAUCGAUACUUGUGUAUCGUAUAUCGAAUUUAUUAACUUCAUAAUUAUAAUAGACAUGGGAGUAUCUAGCAGGGGCCAGAUUUGCUUCAGGCCCUAAAGGUGGAGAGCAAGUCUGUCUUGCUGCGGACUCAUGGGUCGAGCAAGUUGGUUUUGCUUCUGUCCCAAGGUGGAGGACAAGUCAGCUUUGCUUCUAUCUCAUGGGUCGAGCAAGUUGGUUUUGCUUCUGUCCCAAGGUGGAGGACAAGUCAGCUUUACUUCUAUCUGAUGGGUCGAGCAAGUUGGUUUUGCUUCUGUCCCAAGGUGGAGGACAAGUCAGCUUUGCUUCUAUCUCAUGGGUCGAGCAAGUUGGUUUUGCUUCUGUCCCAAGGUGGAGGACAAGUCAGCUUUGCUUCUAUCUCAUGGGUCGAACAAGUCAGCGUUGCUUCUGUCCCAACGGUGAGCAAGUCAGCUUUGCUUCUGGUUCAUGGAGAAGAGCAGGCUUUUUAUACCGUUAUGCGACUUUUUAAUCCUUACUUU